CCUCCUUUCUCUCCUUCCCCAUAAGCCAGCUUUUUGACUUAUUCCCUUACUCAAUCUACACAUUCAUACAAAAUGGUUCAGUCAGCUGUCCUUGGUUUCCCCCGUAUCGGACCCUUCCGUGAGCUCAAGAAGACCACCGAGGCCUACUGGUCCGGCAAGGCUACCGUCGAGGAGCUCUUCAAGGUCGGAAAGGAGCUCAGAGAGAAGAACUGGAAGCUCCAGAAGGAGGCCGGUGUCGACAUCAUCCCCUCGAACGACUUCUCGUUCUACGACCAUGUCCUCGACCACUCCCUUCUCUUCAACGUCAUCCCCGAGCGCUACUCAAAGUACGAGCUCGCGCCCAUCGACACCUUCUUCGCCAUGGGCCGUGGUCUCCAGCGCCCUGCCACCGACUCCGCCCCCGCUGUCGAUGUCCCUGCCACAGAGAUGGUCAAGUGGUUCGACUCGAACUACCACUACGUCCGUCCUACUUUCUCCAAGAACGUCGAGUUCAAGCUGAACGGCUCCAAGCCCAUCGACGAGUUCCUCGAGGCUAAGGCCCUUGGCAUCCACACUCGCCCCGUCCUCGUUGGACCUGUCUCUUACCUCUUCCUCGGAAAGGCUGACAAGGACAACCUCGACCUCGAGCCCAUCACCCUCCUCGACCAGCUCCUCCCCGUCUACGCCGAGCUCCUUGCCAAGCUCAAGGAGGCCGGUGCCGACACCGUCCAGAUCGACGAGCCCGUCCUCGUCCUCGACCUCCCCACCGAGGUCCAGGCCGCUUACAAGAAGGCUUACGAGUUCCUUGUCUCCGAGACCGCUCCCAAGCUCUUCCUGACCACCUACUUCGGUGAUGUCAGACCCAACAUCGAGGCCAUCAAGGGUCUCCCCGUCGCUGGUUUCCACGCCGACUUUGUCCGUGUUCCCGAGCAGCUCGACGACGUUGUCGCCGCUCUCUCCGAGACCCAGAUCCUCUCCGUCGGUAUCGUCAACGGCCGUAACAUCUGGAAGUGCAACUUGGCCAAGGCCAUUGACUUUGUCAAGUCUGCCAUCGAGAAGGUCGGUGCCGAGCGUGUCAUCGUCGCCACCUCGUCGUCGCUUCUCCACACCCCUGUCACUCUCGCCAACGAGAAGAAGAUCUCUGCUGAGAUCAAGGACUGGUUCGCUUUCGCUACCGAGAAGCUCUCCGAGGUUGUCGUCAUCGCCAAGGCCAUCACCGAGGGUGCCGACUCUGUUGCUGAUGUCCUUGCUGCCAACGCUGCCAGCAUCUCUGCCCGUGAGUCGUCCUCGAUCACCAACGACCCCGCUGUCCGCGAGCGUGUGUCCAAGAUCACCGAUUCGAUGAUCACCCGCAAGUCGCCCUUCGCUGUCCGUCUUGCAGCCCAGAAGGCCCAUCUCGACAUCCCUCUCUUCCCUACCACCACCAUCGGUUCGUUCCCCCAGACCAAGGACAUCCGUAUCAUCCGUAACAAGUUCACCAAGGGUGAGAUCUCGGCUGAGGAGUACGAGAAGUUCAUCGAGAAGGAGAUUGCCUCCGUCGUCAAGUUCCAGGAGGAGGUUGGCCUCGACGUUCUCGUCCACGGUGAGCCCGAGCGUAACGACAUGGUCCAGUACUUUGGUGAGAAGUUCAACGGAUACGUCUUCACCUCCAACGGCUGGGUUCAGUCGUACGGUUCGCGUUACGUUCGUCCCCCUAUCAUUGUUGGUGAUGUCUCGCGCCCUGGCCCGAUCACUGUCAAGGAGUCCAAGUACGCCCAGUCGAUCACCAAGAAGCCCAUGAAGGGUAUGCUUACUGGUCCCGUCACCUGCCUCAGAUGGUCGUUCCCCCGUGACGACAUCCCGAACAAGAUCCAGGCCCAGCAGCUCGCUCUUGCUCUUCUUGAUGAGGUCCAGGACCUCGAGGCCGCCGGUGUCUACGUCAUCCAGGUCGACGAGCCCGCUAUCCGUGAGGGACUUCCCCUCCGCGCUGGUGCCGAGCGUGACGACUACGUCAAGUGGGCUGUUGAGUCCUUCCGUCUCGCGACCUCGGGUGUUGAGGACAAGACUCAGAUCCACUCGCACUUCUGCUACUCUGACCUUGACCCCAACCACAUCAAGGCCCUUGACGCUGACGUUGUGUCAAUUGAGUUCUCGAAGAAGGAUGACCCCAACUACAUCCAGGAGUUCUCCGAGUACCCCAACCACAUUGGUCUCGGUCUGUUUGACAUCCACUCCCCUCGUGUUCCCCCCAAGGAGGAGUUUGUCCAGCGCAUCAACGAGAUUCUCAAGGUCUACCCCAAGGAGAACCUGUGGAUCAACCCUGACUGCGGUCUCAAGACCCGUGGCUGGACCGAGACUCGUGCGUCGCUCCAGAACAUGGUUGACGCCGCGAAGGAGUUCCGUGCCAAGUACGCCUAAAUGGUGUGUUUGAAAAAAAUAUAAUUAUGAUUUACGAUGUUUCAACACUUUAUCGUUAAUUGUGAACUGAUGGAUAUAUCAUGUGGAUUCCGUACAUGUAAGCGAUGAUUUCAACAAUUUCGUUCAGUCAGUGGAUUUAUAUGAUUUUUCCAAACAUAUGUAGUCUUGCUAGCGUUUUUGUUAUAUUGCUUAUUAUUGUUUUACAGAGAGGAAAGGUUCUUACUUUUUCUACUCUUGUGGAAAAAAAAGUUGAUUCGAGCAGAGAGCGAGUUUCAGAGAAAAAAAAAAUUCUUUUAUUUCUU